AUGUUUUUUCAAAAAUAAAUUAUCUAUUUUUCCAACAUCAUCACGGGAUUAUUGGCUCUGUGUGUGUGUAAAUUUUUAAAAUAACAAAGGAAGUAAUUACAAGCAGAAAUAAAUAAAUUAUCUUUAAGUAGUUAAUUAUAGCAAGAAUUCUAUAAAUAUAAGACAGCCAUAACGAUCUCUUCGAUUAGCUGAUUAUUGAAAGUGUUAUCUAGUCGAUUCUUCCAAUAUUAUAUUGUACAAAUUAAAUUAAAGAAAUUUCUCUAACUUUUGUAUAUUAUAAACCUGACCAAUUCCUUUUCUCUAAGUCUUUUAUUAUAGUAGAGAAUUACAAUAAGCCUUUCAAAGUAGAUCAGUACCUUAAACACUGCAGAUGAAUUAAAACAAUAAUAAAUAGUAAAACUAUAAAUCACCAAUACUUUUAACAUAGCAGAACAAGAAAAAGUGACAGAAACAAAAAUGGUGAGAAAUAUAGGUUAUCCAUUUAAAAUUUGGCCGAUUUGGUAUAUGAGGUUGUAUAAUCUUUAGUCCUGAAUUUCAUAUAAUAUCCAUCUUAACACUCACAAAUUAGUUGAUGACCCUGCUAUAAGUUUUUCUUUUGGGAUGAAAUUUAGUUUCCUUAAUUUGUGAGACUAAUUAGGAAUCCAUGC